AUGUGGGCUGAGUUACCAGAAGACAUGAUUGAAUCAAUCUCCAAAAAGCUUACAAGCUCUGUCGAUUAUGUGAGAUACCGAUGUGUAUGUCGCAGUUGGAGACUCUCUACCCCUGAAGCCCCUCUCCAUCUACCAACUCAACACCCAUGGCUCAUGAUUUCUCACCAAUCCUUUUUUGACCUCUCAACCAACAAAAUCCAUCAACUCAAUCUCGCUCCACAUUCUUCUCGUCGAACGUGUAUCUAUGGUUCUUCUCAUGGGUGGCUUGUCAUCAUUGACAAGUUCAUAUCAGAGGUUCGUCUUCUGAACCCUAUUACACUCACCACAGUGUCACUUCCUAAAUUGAACCCUCUUGAUCAUCAAAAUUCCACGGUUCUUAUCAAAGUUGCUUUGUCAUCUAGCCCCUUGAUUAGCAGCGACGUCUUUACGGCAUUUGCCUUGCUUCAUGGUAAUGAGUUUGCGGUCUGGAGAAAAGGCUAUGAAUCUUGGGUUGUUCUUAACUGGGGAAUAAAUUUUAACGGAGUGGACGCUAUAUACAAAAACGGUUCCUUUUUUGUUGUAGGCACAAAGGGAAUCAUUGCAGUUUUUGAUGUUGACCGUCGUAAGAUCUCUCAUAUUAAGAUGUCUUUUGAUAUUGAGAUUUCUCCUUUUGGGUUUAUUGGACUUCCCUCUGUGAACGAUCAUAGCAAUUUAGUGUUUUUGAAAGAGAACAUGUUGUUGGUUAUUCCGAAAUUUAAAUCUGUUAAGAAUAUGUCUGGUAAUCGUGUUACUACAAUUGGGUUUAAGAUUUAUGAGAUGAAUGGGAAUGUUUGCAAGUGGGAACAAAUUCAUAGUUUGGGAGAGCACUCUUUGUUUAUAGGGGUCAAAUCUUCUUCCGUCAUUUGUUCUUGUGUUGCUGAUUUGGUUGGUUGUCGUCCAAAUUGUAUCUAUUUCACCGACUUUACUUAUGGGGCAUAUAUAUAUAGUUUAUCCAAUAAGAGCAUUGAUCUGCUGCCCGGUAAUCCACAUAUAUCAUAUAGUCAUUCAGUUUUUGUUGAGCCAAGUCCGAAUUAA